AAGUGAGGAGGAAAGGAGCAAGAUGGUGGACGACGCGAUGAAAACAGAUGUGCAGCUGCCUGUGGCCACAGACCUCAAGAAACCUCGUCCAAAGAAAGCUCCCGAUCUUCCGAUCUUGGAGAGGAGAAACUGGCUUAUACAUCUGCAUUAUAUCCGCAAAGAUUAUGAGACCUGCAAGGCCAUUAUUAAAGAACAGCUGCAUGAAACUCAAGGCAUGUGUGAAUAUGCUGUGUAUGUGCAAGCUCUGAUCAUGCGGUUAGAAGGGAAGAUCCAGCAGUCUCUGGAGUUGUUUCAGAGUUGUGCCAUCCUCAACCCCAAAAGCUCAGACAACCUCAAGCAAGUGGCACGAUCCCUUUUCCUGUUAGGGAAACACAAAGCUGCCAUUGAGGUUUAUAAUGAAGCAGCACGUCUCAAUCAGAAAGACUGGGAAAUCAGCCAUAAUCUGGGCGUUUGCUACAUCUACACCAAAGACUUCAAGAGUGCCGAAGAGCAAUUAAACUUGGCAUUACAGCUGAAUAAACACGAUCUGACCUACAUGAUGCUGGGAAAAAUCCACUUACUGCAGGGCGACACAGAGAAAGCCAUCGACGUCUACAAGAGCGCUGUGGAAUUUUCUCCAGAGAACACCGAGCUGUUGACCACACUGGGACUGCUGUACAUGCAGGUGAGUGACGCGUUCAUCACAGUCACCACGCAAAUCUACAUGCUUCUGGCCGUCACUCUGACCAAUCUGGACGACGCAGAUAACGGCCGCAGGUCUCACGAGCAGGCGGUUCUGCUGGAUGAGUCAAACCCGCUGGUGAACCUGAACUUUGCGGUGUUCCUGUAUAAUCAGGGCGAUAAGAAGGCCGCCUUGCUGCAGUUUCAGGAGAUGGAGAGAAAAGUCAACGCUCAGGUCGAGAAUAUCAGCAACACUGACUUUGACCCAGAGCUGGUAGAAAUGGCUCAGAAACUGGGCGCCGCUCUACAGGCGGGUGAGAACCUGUACUGGAGCAAACUGGGCAAAGACAGCAAGACCAGCCAGCGGUCCUCCUCCAGCAAACCCAGCAGCUCCCAGCAGCCCCUGGGCACCAACCAGGCCCUCGGUCAGGCCAUGUCUUCAGCCGCAGGCUACAGCAAGAGCAUGCAGAUCACCGCAGAGCCCGAGGCGGAUGUGAGCAGCGCCCCAUCUCCCCCUACAGUCACUCCCGGAGAGCCCGAGGAUGAGGAUGAGGAGACGGCCGAACCAGCCAAACUCAAAGAGAAGAAGAGUAAACCGAAAGCAGCAGCUGAAUAGAGCUCUAUCUAUAUCCAAAGCUGAAGGGGUUUAUAACUUAUCAAUGUACAGCGUUUAUAUAGAGGUGAAUUAAAGUGCAAAGUUACAAUCUUUAGGUGUCUGUUUAAAUGGUGCAUUAUAUUAAUGUAGAUGAUUAAUUUGUGUUUUCCACCUUUAGAAAAACAAUAAUUGCUUAAGGAAGUUGUGCAUAAAAAGCAUGUCAUUAUCAUUUUGUACUUUGUAACACGGUUACACACCCUGCAUCAUAUUUGCUGAAUGAAAUCCAAUACUCAUUUCUUGCUCAUUUUGAGGUGCUGAUUAAAGCAAGAAGCCGUGGUUUACAGUGAAUUUAUAACAGCUAAGGGGCGUUGUU